UCAGAGCUCGCGCCCCGACGCAGACUCACGCACGUGGGACCACACAUGGACUUUUAAGAAGUGGACUAAGGCAGAAAGGCGAGCCAGUGCGUAACGGUGCCAAAUGCGUAAAAGCGCACGUUUGGACACGGUUUUGACGCGUUGGCGCGGCGCGAUGAGGUGACCGAGACGAGAUCCGUGAAUUGUUUCGUGUCAGCGGGAGAGCGGUGAAUCAGCAGCCCGCGGGAGGGGAAGGCAGCGCGGGGGGAAGAGUCAUGAGGAGCCGCUGGAGCCACGGAGCCAUGGACCGAUGGAAGCUGCUCCGGAACUCGCUGCUCCUCUGCGUUUUCACACGCUGUGCGGGGGCUCAGUGUGAGGGCUGUCAGGAGUACUGCUGCACAGGACGACCUCCAUUCUGCUGCUCCUACUACGCCUACGCCGGAGACGUACUCUCCGGGACGGCGAUCAGUGGGAUUGUAUUUGGCGUGGUCUUCCUGAUGGGGGCGGUAGCGGCUCUGUCCCUGUGUUUGUGCGUCUGCAUGAAGGACGGACGAGGAAGCAGAGUCGGCGUCUUCAACUCCAGCUACAUCAGCACCGUGUCGCAGGGGUACCCAGGUCCUCCUCCUCCGUACACCUGUGAGUACGAGAUGUACCCUGCGAGUUUCGAGCCGCCGCCGUACACGCCGACCCAGCCUCGCCCGCUCCACUACUCCCCGCCGCCGCCGUACCCCGGGUCCAAGAGCGGAGACAACCAGGACAGAGUCUACCACAUGGACGAUUAAACGAGACCGACUUCAAAACGUCAAAAACACAACGAUGCAGUGGUCCGAAGUUAUUCCUCGCUGACUUUACGCAUUCAGAGCGACUUAAUGAUCCACCACGAUGAGUUUGUUGAUACUUUGCAGCUGAUGACGUCAAUACUGAAGGGUGACCAGAUUUUCAGAAUUCUUAACACACUGAAGUUGGGAUGGUUGGCGUAAAUAAAAUUGUGAAAAGAGUUCUAAACCAGGACUAAAACAGGACCGUCAGAGCCUGAUUCAUCAGACGGUUUCAAUUGGUGGAAACCGUGUGACCUCGCAGCGUUAGGAUUCGUUCGCUCGACAGUAGGCGGGUACUUUUUUUUCAUUUAAAGGUUGUAUGGAAGAUUUUUUUUUGUUUCAAACUGUCAGUGAAAGAUUAAAAUACCAUUACAGAGACGCAGCAGCUUUGUAAUUAUGAUGACCAAAAAAAAAAAGAACGAAAAUCUAUCAACUGUGGACGUAGUGAAGCCAGAUAAACAUCAGCCAAUAGAAAACGAGGCUCCCUCAUUUUCUAUUGGCUGUUAGAUUGUCAAUCAAACUCCCUAGUAUAACUGACUCGUCGGAGCGCGGGGAUUACGUGGUUUUACGCAGCGGUUCUUAGAGGCUUUUUCGAACUGUCGCUUCCUCGCAUUUCGCACAGUUUGUCGCGACGGCGGACGAGAAUCCACGACCGGUUCGCCGCAAAAGAAAGUCCGUUUUUGAGGUCGCUGAAAGAAGAAGAGAAGUGGAAAAGUAGCAAAGCCAAACUGAGGUGAUUCUUGGAGAUCUCGUCCAGCGAUGGCGCGACCGAAGCAGACGAAGGGUCUAAAAACUGACGCGUCGGUCGCUGAAUUACUUCUAGACAGGAAACUUCAACAGUGAUUCUGAACGCGCACAAGGACUGUCGCUGUAUUUCUCUUCCCUUAAAAAAAUCCUCUAUACAACCUUUAACCAAUCGUUGCUGUUUGGUCGUGACGUAUGUGAUGCAGGACAAUAACGUCUUUCCUCUUGAUAAAAUUCACCAAAUUAUUCUCUUUGUUCCGGCUUUAAAUCCUCGAUCUCGGGAAUCGUCGCCAACACAGAACGUCUGACUUCGUCUACAUCCAUCUCGACGCUUUGUUUAGUGUUGUGCGAGAGUAUUUUUUGGUAUAUUUUACAAAAUUAUUUUCUUACAGCUACAGUUUUGUUGCUUGUUCAGAGGAAGGAAACUCUUUUAUGCGACACAUUUGACAUUUUCACUGUUUUUAUGAUUAAAAUGGGUGUUUUACAUAUGAACUUUGCAGAAGAAGUGGUUUAACAAAGACUUUUAGUAUCACAGCCACGAUUUAGCCUUUAUAUUUAUUGAACCGAAUCGAUUUGAAAUACAUCGUAUCGAACCAAAACCUCAUUAUAUCGAGGUUUGCAUCAUAUCGGCAACUUCUUAAUGAUACUCGGCCCUAGAAAAAAGCGGGAAACAUUGUGGAUUCUCGUGUCAGUCAAAAUCUUCUGAGGGACUUUUUUUUUUUUUUUUGCUUUAUGGUCAUUUGCAAACAUGGAUUUCAGUAUUUUGGUGGGGAAAAAAAGACAAUUUAUACUCCUCGUUAGUCAAAAAUUGUGAUAAUCUGGUCUUAGUCCUGGUUUAGACCUGAUGUAGUCCUGGUUUAGUCUUAGUUUAGUCCUGUUUUGGGAGUGUGCCUAUGUUCCCACAGCCUUUUGUUCCCUCAUUUCUAAGUUUUGUUUUGUUUUUAUUUCCAAAACCAGGCCCUAUGUUCCCAUAUUUCCUUUAUCAUCAGUUUGCAUCAGAAUUUUCUCCGAAUUUGGCCGAAUGACUCUGAAUCAUCCUUUUAAAUGCGAUAUAAAUAUAAAAAUGACUUGACCUAGAGUUUCAUUUUGAGAAAAAUCUUAGAAAUGAGAAAAAUCUUAGAAAUAAGGGAACAUAGGACAGACCCUCAAGUCCUAGUUUAGAUCAAAUUGGUCAAAAAAUGGUGACUUCUGGGACGUUUUUUUGUAUAAAACUGGGACUGUCCCGGGUAAAUAGGGACGUCUGGUCACCCUAGACGUCAACAUUCCUAGAGUCUGUGACGCUAACUGUAGGCACUGCUCUGUCUAAAGUUUUGUUACUCAAGUUAGACUUUAAUCUGAACGACAACAGUUGAGCUCGGACUGAUCGCAGCCUCCUGAAAAUCUGCUCUUUAAAUCCACUUUGUAAUUUCUUCUUGAGUUUUCAGACCAUCUUAAACCUUUUUCGCUAAUGUGUGCGUCGUGUCUCCAUGGUAACCGCUGAACAUUCUGCCAUAGAGGUGCACAGAAAUACCCUCCCCCCCUGGCGUGACAUGAUUGCAAAGCAUCAAUAACAAGAGCUUCUCACAACUUUCAGAGACCACAGCGGAGUUUCGGCGUCACAGUAAAGCUGAAAACAACUAGAAUGCCAACAGCGGACUUCCUGAUUGUUUAUAAUCAGGUGCAGGCAGGACGCAGUGGACGUUUUUUGACCUUAUACGAGAUACAUCUGCACCGGGGCGAGACGAAUACGUGGAAAAAAUCUGGCAUACGCGUCUGGUCUUCUGCGUUUUACACGGACUCAACUGCAGGGAUCUGAAUGUUAAAGCUCCACGGUGUAACUUUUCUCCGCUCUUGUCCAUGGAGAUGUUACAGCUUUGGCCGGAAUGUUCCACAGUUUUACAUUAAACACAUCCACCUCCAUCAGCAGCAGGUUAAAGGUUGUAUGGAGGAUUUUUUUUUGUUUCAAAUUGUCAGUGAAAGUUUAAAAUACCAUUACAGAGACGCAGCAGCCUUGUAAUUAUGAUGACCAAAAAAAAAAGAAUGAAAAUUUAUCAACUGUGGACGUGUUGAGGCCAGAUAAACAUCAGUCAAUAGAAAACGAGACUGCCUCUUUAUCUAUUGGCUGUCAGGUCAUCAAUCAAACUCCUUACGUUUCUAGUGUAACUGACUCGUCGGGAUGCGGGGAUUACGUGGUUUACGCGGCGGUUCUUAGAGGCUUUUUCAAAACUGUCGCUUCCUCGCAUUUCGCACAAAGUUUGUUGCGACGGCGGACGAGAAUCCACGAGCAGUUCGCCGCAAAACGAAGUUGCUUUUUGAGGUCGCUGAAAGAAGAAGAGAAGAAGGGGAAAAGGAGCGAAGACAAACCGAGGUGAUUCUUGGAGAUUCCUUCCAGCGAUUGCGCGGAUGAAGCGGACGAAGGGUCUAAAAACUGACGUGUCGUUCGAUAAAUUAUUUCUAGACGGGAAACUUCAACAGUAAUUCUGAACGCGCACUGGCUGUAAAAAAAAAAAACGUGAUUUCUAGAGUAAAGAGGCAGGAAGAGAUGUUUCUACUGAAGGAGCUGUGGAGGAGGAAGGUGGUGUCACACAUGCACAACAUUUGAAAAAGGACUGUCGCUGUAUUUCUUUUCCCUUAAAAAAAAUCCUCUAUACAACCUUUAAGUGGCGGGUCAGAUCUGUGGAGAGGCGACCGUGCUCACCGCAAAUUUCUCUGAGAUUUUAAAACUUACAUCGGGUUAUUCGUCGUGUUUUGAGAUUUAUUAUCGACUGACUAGUUCUGAAUCGGUUGUAUUAGGGUUCCCGCUCUUUUUCACUGACAAAAUUUCAAACUUUUCCAUGACUUUUUCAUGACCUAUAGUGGAUUUUCCAUGACUUUACAACACCUACAUGUGUAGAAUUGAUCAACUUUUGGGCGAAAUAUGAAAUGUGAACUCUUUCCACUCACCUUAUGGUUUGGGAUUAUAGUUUUUUAACAUUCAAAAUCCUGUCAGAGCAUUUAUUUACUGUCGUCUUUUUUAAACAAAAGUGAUGUUCAGAAAUAAUCAGAAUAGUCUAAUGAGAGUUUAAAGGUUGUAUAGAGGAUUUUCCAAGGAACGAGAAAUCCAGCGACUGUUUGUCCUUUUUCAAAUGUUGCGCAUGUGUGAAACCACCUCCCCCUCCCCUACAGCUCCUACGUAGAAACACCUCCUCCCUCCUCCUCCUUACGCCAGAAACAGGUUUGUUUACAGCCGGUGCUGCACAUGACUUGUAAACAACUAACUACAGUGUUGGUUAGACAAGACGGAGAAGUGAGGAGCGGGGGAGGGGGUGUGCGGACAUUUCGUUCGCGGACGAGAAGUGAGGAGCAGGGAGAA